AUCUGCGAAUUCUCCGCAUUUUCUCAGUUUCUUUCCUCACGGUUUGCUCGGGCUCGAUUGCCUUGGGUGGCCGCGAAGGUACCAUCUACCUGGGCGUCAGCCAUGCACAAGCGGUGUGGGGGAAGGAAUUGGAUUCGGGGGUCGUGCGAUUUGAGUGCCCCGUACGGCACUGCGUGCGAAUUUCGUCAGUUUUUCUACUGUGGAGGGGUGACUGUUAGAAUAUAACUGUAUAGGGAUACCAGUGUAUGGGCAUUCGGUUACUUCUGCUCGGGAUUGUGGGUAGUCUUUUCCGUCUCUGGUUAGUGGCUAAACUUUAGAGAAUGUUGGAUUUGCCUGUUCUGGUCUGCUUUAUGUGCAUAUGCGUUUGGUUGGCGAGGAGAACUUUGUUUAGGCUUGUUAGCAUUUUUUUUAAUGUUUUUAGUAGGCAUUGGGGGGCUAAAGGGGGAUGCAUUCGUGACAUUGAAGUGCGUGGUUAGUGCGUUAAUUAUGGCCUUUUAUUGUGUAUUUGCAUGCUAUUUUUGCAUGUGAUUAGUGCAGAGAAAUCUGCUGAGAAAUGUGGACCUCUUAUUAGUUCAAGUCAGGUAUGCUGAAAUUAUUGUGAGUUUGUUGGAUGUGAACUUUUUUUUUUGUGAAAAUACUAAUGAUAAACGGAACGGGGAAUACUUUCCAGCAAAUUUUGGUGUGGUUGAGUCCUUGGUGGGGUUUGGGAUGUUGCAGUUGUGAACUUUUCUUGUGUGGUGGGUAGCUAUUUGGUUGGUCGUUUUGGAAAUAUGAUGCCUUUUGGCAAGUGAAGCAGAAGUUUACACUUGUUGUUUCAUGACUAAAAGUUGCUACUAGUGGAUUAGAGAGAUGAUUAAUAUACCUAUAGGGUUGUAUCGAUAUCCUGGAACUUUUUAAUUUGUGUUUUUGCACUGAUACCACUGUGAGAAUAUUUCUUGUGGAUGGACUUUCUGGUUCGUUACUGGUAAUUAUGAUAUAGUUUUAAUACAAUUUUAGUUGACCAUGGAGAUUUUCUUAACACAAUUUGUUUUUUGGAUGCAAACGUGUACUUGGAUGGGCAUUUGUUUUCGAGCUUCUUUGGUAGUGCUUUAGUUUGUAUCACGUUUAGAUAGGGAUAUGAGUAAUUUGGGCUAUACUGUUGGAUCAUUGAGGGGCAUGAUCGCUGAUGUACAGUCGUCUAAUUUAUUUAUUUAUUUUGUGAAGUGGAAUCAUGAUUAAUUGGUCAAUAAGCUCAAAAUGCUAAAAUGUUUAUUCACAAUAAAUUACAAGCGCUCUUUUGAUUGUAGCUUCAUUUAUCUUUCUAUAUUUGGCAUUGGAAAUUGCAAUACUUGUAGCCAUUGUUUCAUAGGAUGAUCUGUAUAAUAAUUAGAUUCAUCAAUAGGAUAGUAGAACAACUGUACUGUUCUCCAUCCACCUGGGAAGGUUGUGCUUUCUGGUGUGCUUAUUGUCUUUAUCUACUUUCCAUGAGUAUUAGCUUCCUAUGCAUUCUGCUUAUCGGUGUGAUGCGAUCAAUUUCAAAAGAAUAAAUAUUACGAAGCCAUUUUAUAUUCUUUUUGCUAGUUUAAAUUUCCAUCAUGUUAUGUGCAUAUGAAGUUUCCCAACUCCCAAGGGUUCCAUUUUAAAUCCAUAAGUGCAGAAAAGUUGUUGAUCUCAUUCACUCUAUUUUGCUGUCAACACUAUAUAAAUGUUUUGUUGCGAUAUUUUCUUAUGCGGAACCUAUAUGGAAUGGGUUGUAGGGAUUUAACCAUACAACAAGCUGUUUGUUGAGACUGAAACAAUCAGAAUUGGAUUGGGUGAAUGGAUUUAACCGUACAGCAGGCUGUUUGUUGAGUUUAUUUGGUGAGAAUGAAACAAUCACAGAAAAUGUGGCUCUAACCAUGUAACAAGCUGUUUUUUUUUUGAAUUUUUGGCAUCAUCAAAUCUUGCCACUGGCAUUUAGAUUAGUCUCUGUUUGUGACUUGUGUAUGUGCAAACAUUCGCUCGUCAUGAAACAUUCCGUUUUUUGGGGUCUGAUAUGUUCCAAGCAAGUCUUUACUUCUGUACAGGUGGCAUAUGUUAUUCUUUAUUUAUCCUUGAAAACUUUGUUUUAUUGUUCCAUAUCCAGAUAGGAAAAUAUUCAAGUUAUUUUUUGUCUAAAUCUGUAAUAUUUAUAUAUACCUUAUAUGCAUGAAAAAAAUUGUAUGUACGAUCUGAUUGCAUUCAGUUGAUAUUGAUUGCGAGGCUCAAAACUGCUACAGCUUAAAGUUAUUUAUGAGCAAUUAGUCUGGCAUAGGUAUAUCUGUUCUAAAUUCUGAAUUGCUGGUGCAUUCGUUGUUUCUUUAGUUACCUUAGCCUUUUCUCUCAAAAUGCAGGAAGCAUUUUUUUUUAAAACACUCGGAAGAUCUGUUUCAGUCAGAAGAAGUGGUUUCCUGCAUCAUUUUUUAUUUUUCGAUAAUAGCUUGCAAUGUUUAUCUAACGUUUAUGAAGAAACAGUUUUUUUUAUGUCUAAUGGAUUUUUAGAUAACAUUUCUGGUGGCAUUGGAUUCAUGUUUGGAACGGUCAAUGCUACGCAUUGUUGGUCUCGAAUUUAAGAAAUAUAUGGAAAUCAAUCAAAAGGACAAUAGUUUGAGGAAUUUGACUGGGAAAUGUAGCAGUAAUAAGACUAUUAGAGGUUCUCGUGGAGUGGAGGUCUGGAGGAUACAAGUGAAGCGUGCUUAUUGCUUUGGAGAAAGGAACCAGGACAAUCUACAUUAUUGCUUGUGCCUUGGAAGGCACAGAUCUGAACUGGUGACUGUCUAUUGAAAAUUAUGUUAACACUGCCACUGUUAUCUGCACUAUAUGCAGUAAAAAAAUAUCAACCCUUAUGGCUGAAAUGGAAAUGCCUAUAUGGUUUGCAUACUUUUCUCAUGCUUCUCGUUUAGAUAAAGAGUUAGUACUUGUUUGUGCUUGAGUUUACCUAUGAAGUUGCAACUAACAAAAGGUUAAUCGGAGAAAACUUCAACAUAUGCUAAUUUUUGACAUAUUUUGCCCCUGUAAUUCUAUACUCAGCUCUAUAAAUGCCACCAGCAGUAAUCGUUUGAUUGAGGCACUCGAUUGAAAAUGUUCCCAGAGAAAUCAAAUUGACAAACAUUUACCCAAAAAAAAAGAACUUGCUAAAAUGACGUCCACUUUGAACCAAGGUAGUAUCUCUUUUUUAUUUAAUGACUAUUAAGAAGUUGCACUCAGGGUUCCAAAUCCUGACAUGGAAUCACCAGGAACCGGUUUUACUGGAUUUCUUCGACCUGGCCCGGAUUCGGUAAACCAUCCAAAUUAAACAUACCACAAAUGGAAGUUUGAAUUUCGGGUUACUAUAAAGAUGUGAUGCAGUGUUACUGAACUUUAGGAAGUGAUAGCUUUUGCAUGGCUGCAUGCAUGUAGUGGCCAUGCUUGAUUAUGAGGAUCAUGGAAGUUCUUGUGUUAUAUCAGUAGUUGCAUGCAUGAUUGGCUGGGUUGCUAUCAAGGGCAAAUAAUUUUGAAAUUUGGACAUGGGAAGGAAAAGUAUUAUCUCUUCCAGUUGAGCAUCCCUUUUAAAAAAAAUUCUAACUUUCUCUCCUACCCUACAGAAAAAACCACCAAAUAAUUAAUUCCACUAGUUGUGAUUUUAACUUGUAGACAUAAACGGAUAAACCAGCAGGUAUAAAGCUGGUUCCCUUCGGGAACCGGCCAGAAACAGCUACCAGCCAUAGAGCAAGAUUUUCUACUCCAUCAAAUUUUCAAACCAUAGUUGCACAAUGUGGUUUCAAGGUGUCUUUCUAAGCUUUAUAGGACCUCACCGAUUCCACCUUUUCAUAAUGUCUUGCCUUAUCUGUUUAAUAUGGAAAAGAAUAAUCAUUUAUAUCUAUAUGUAUUAUCCGUGCUGCUUAUCUUUGUAUUCUUCCUCCCAAAUGUUCCGUUCAUUCACUCUAUCUGGUACCUUUGAUUGUGGAGGCAAUACUAUAGUGGUCCAUAGUAUGUGUGAAUGCAUACCGCUGGUUAUUAGCAGUGAACUGACUGGUGCUGGAUUGAAGGCUUACUGUUUCCGUUUCAAAAAGGAAAUGAUUUAUUGUUACAAUUAUCUAUAUGUAUUGUAGUGACGGCUUCCUUGUGCUUAUUAUGCAACUUGCAUAAACUCUAGGCUGUAUCCAUGGUUUUGUUAGUCUUGCCCUUCCUCUCAUGAGAUCCAUUCCUUCUCUUUACCUUGCACGCUCUGCUCUCUGAAAGCCAAUACUAAGCGCUCAGCAGUAGGUAGAAAGUGCUUAUUUCCUGCUGGUUACAAGCAUUAACCAGACUGGUGCUGUACUGAGCACAUUGUUGAUGAGGGUUGGUUGCUUGGCUGGGAACUGGCUGAAUACCAAUGGGGUUUUCUUUAGCUUUUGUUGAAGCUAACUCAUUUGAAAUCUACUGCCAUCCAAUGUUUCACAAUGAGAAACAACUUGUCUUGUGAUUACUGGCACUGCAAGUAGCUGGAAACAUCACUGUUUGUGGACUCAGUUCGACCCUCAAGAGGAUUGGAUCCAUCCUAGAAAUGGUGAUAGGAUAUCACAGCCACAUUGCCCGUGAUUGAAGAGAUCCACUCGGAAGUUAUCUAUUGGCACGGUAAAACCAAGCAGACGAGGUGACCAUUGUCGCAUGCAGCACGGUUCUGUCAGUUACCAAUAUCCACGCAAGUGAGCAAAGCAUUGAUGGCUAAGAUAACUUGGGCAGCUCACUCGUCGCCCAUGGCACUGUCGGAUUUUUAUCUUGAGUUGCUAGAAUUAAUUUUACUGGAGUCAAUUGCUCAUAUUUUGAUCUAACUUGGUUAAGACAGCCCAAAACCAAACUGGUCAUUAACUGUUGGUUCUCACUGGGCUGAUCACGUCAAUUAUUGGUUGUUAAUCAGAGGUUUUUAGAACAGCUGUUCACCUUGUCAGAUUGCUGGAUCCUCCUUUCUACCAGUAUCCUUGUUGGCCCUUUACUAAAAGUAGAGGUGAUGAUAAAGCUUAGUUGUUGACUUAGCUUUCCUUAGUUAUUUCUUGAAGCUAAGGGAAAUAAUAAUUGGCGUUAUGGCAUUUAGAAAUAUGGUAUGCCCACCCCAAGUCAUUGAUCUUGCAUCUGAGAGAGGGCAAGCUCGUGGAGGCAAUGGUGACAUAUCCGAUCAAGGUGCGCAACAUGCUAUCAGAGUUGUAGGAAAUGCGAUGAACAUUUGUCUCUCCGACAUUCAAAGUUACUCUGAUGUGAGCAUGAAUCAUCAGCAUCAGCCUGUUCAUAACUCACCACCAAAUAUAGGUGUUGAUUCUGGUUUUGUCUUCGCAUCAACUAUGUACAAUCCAUGCAUGUCAUCAACAUCUAUGAACAGAUAUGCUUCUCAUGCUCAGAGCUUUGGAUCGGGGAAUUUACCAUUGCCUAUAAACCUAGUCCCAGGAAGUAUGGAUGAGAGUGGCAGAAAUGACAAUAUUGGUGAAAGUGGUAGAGGACACAUUAAAAGGAAAAAUGCCGCAGUUGCUGGAAGCUAUCAUUUUCUUAAUGGAUUUGCAAGUUCAAGCUCAUCUUCUCAUGCACCUCAGAAUCCUACACUUAGGCCUUGGGAUCCUUCUUUUGAACCAAAUGUUUCACCUAAUGUUGUACCGUUCAACCCAUCAGAAUAUCACAGCCACAGCAGUUGGCCAUCCUUAGAAGGAUCUUCCAUAGCUGGAACUAAUGGGUUCAACUCAAUGUCUGUGCACCAAGAAUCAGCACAACGUGGCAACUAUGCAUUUCCAACAACUCAAAUUGGCCAUUCAUGGAUGCCCCAGGCUACAAAUGGUAUUGCUGAUGGAGUUCCCUACGUCAAUGCAACUACUAAUGUUCUAGCAGGCAGAUUUGCCCAUUCAGGAGCCACCGAAAUGGUAAAUGGAGGCUUUCAUGAAUACCAGAAUGGCCCUUCAACUGUUUGUCGAGGACCUGUACCUUAUUUCCAUCAGCAUGCGAUGCAUGGCAUGCAAGCUCAUAAUCUCCUUGAUCAUACUCAAAUGCAAGUCCCUUAUCAACAAUGCCACAAUAACGGUGUCUUGAAUGGUGGUGUUAAUUAUUCGGGGAACCGUCUCCACUUAGGUCCACGAAUUCCAGUUCUCUUCACCAAUUCUGAGCGUACGUUUGGGCCUCCACAGCAUCCGUUCCUGACAAAUCCAGUUAACCACCGGAACAUAAGGAUUCUGCCACCUGAGCAGCAUGGCACAAUAAUGGAUUUUUCGAGAUUGUAUGAAGUGUCAAAUGUUGUAGAUGAGCAUAGAGAUAUGCGGCUAGAUAUAGACAGCAUGACGUAUGAGGAGCUUUUAGCAUUAGAAGAGCAGAUUGGAGAUGUCAAUACUGGUCUGAAAAAAAGCCAUAUUGUAGAUAAAUUAAGGACUAGCUUAUAUGUGCCAGGAACAUCCAGCAUGGCUGAUCAGUCAUCUAAAUCUUCUAUGGAGAAUGAUGCUUGCAUAAUAUGCCAGGAGGAGUACCAGGUUAAAGAUUGCAUUGGAACCCUUGAUUGUGGCCACAGGUACCACGCAGAGUGCGUAAAGCAGUGGCUGACAGUAAAGAACUUAUGCCCCAUCUGCAAGACAACAGCAUUGUCUGCCGAUAGAAGAAAUGGAGAAUGAGGAGGAGUAAGGUUGUUUCUUAUUUGCUUCGACAAACGUUCAGCUCAAUUUUGUAUAUAAGUGGUAGACAAUGGCGCUACCUGUAUUUGUUGCUCAGUUGUUCUGAUCGGGAGUACUCGGCUUCCUGAAACUGUACAGCCAUAACAUUUUAUCAUUUUCUUCAAAUGUAUUGCUCGGGUUUGCCCCCAUGUGUAUGAUAAGGCGAACCCCCAAAAUUUCUUUCAUAAUGUCAUCUCUAGGGUACUUUGUAUCUAUUAAGUUGGUUCGAGAAACAAAUAGAACAUAUGUUAUUCUGUACAUUUUUAAAACUUGAGGGACUGAAAUGAUUCCUAUCAUUCCCUAUA